AUGCAGCGUUUGCUAACUAAUCAAACUUUGAAGCCGCUCAAGGUUGUUUCUCAGUUUUCACGUCGUUCUUCAACCAUGGACGAAUUUGGAUCUAAUGGUCUCCACUGGCUGAAGCAAAGGCAGGCUGCUGCAAAAUCGGAUCCUAUUUACCGGAAGGUUUUUCUAUUCAUUUGCCUUCCCGCACUGGCGUUUGGUGCAUAUCGAGCUCACGUUGUCCAUGAAGAAGAAUUGGAAAGAGGGAGACCUGAAUAUAUUCCUUACGAAUAUCGGGCUAUCCGAACAAAGCUAUUGUAUGUGACAAGGUGGUUUUCUUUGUGUGAACCUCAAUCUGAAAAUUUAGUAGAUUAG